AUGUUCGCAUGGGGAGCUAACAGUCAUGCCCAGCUAGGUUUGGGCUAUGUGUCGGAACAGUGCGAUAAACCGCAACCAUUGACCGGCCUGGUACCGUUCCGUGGUGCGGAUGAAAUUGGGAGCGUAGCAGCCGGCGGAGGUCACACGCUGAUAGGAACGACCGAUGGCAGGUUGUAUGCUGCCGGGUGGAACAACCGGGGCCAGCUAGGCACGGGCCAUUUGAACGAUUGUGUUCACUUUCAACGGGUCGGCGAGUACGGGUUCCGUCAGCUGUUCGCCGGAUGGGAUGUUUCGGCUGGGAUCAAUGCGGACGGUGAUCUGUUCGUAUGGGGAUCGAACGUUUGGCAGCAGCUGGCGGAACUGGGCGUGAAACAUGUACCCACACCAACACGGCUCAUUCUACCGGAGCAAGGCCGUGUUGCGAAAGUCGCGUUCGGGUUGCAGUAUAUGGCUGUGCUGAUGGAAAGUGGGAAGGUAUGGGUGUUGGGCAAAUGUAAAUUUCUAGCAAACGAUUAUCCACUGGAACCGGCCACGAAACUAACGAUUCGAUGCAUAUCGGAUAAAGCACCGGUGCGGGACGUGGUUAGUGGAGACAAUCGCUUAGUUAUGCUGAUUGGCGAUCGGCGAAUAAAUUGCCUUGGCGAUGAAAAACACGGCCAGUGCCUGGAGGAGCAAACGCUGCCGGAAGACGUUAUAAAGCUAGAGUCGGGAUGGACCCAUUCCGGAUGUCUUACCACCAACGGGACGGUUUACCUGUGGGGGAGAAACAAUUACGGACAGCUCGGAAUGCCGGGAGAGCACUUUUCGAUGCAUCCACAAAAACUUCGACUAGAAACGGGCGAUAUGGUGGUGCAGGACGUAAGCUUAGGGUCGCAGCAUGGUGCUGCGCUCACGAAAGAUGGAAGAGUGAUUUGUUGGGGCUGGAACGAGCAUGGUAACUGCGGCACGGGAGGAACAGAAAAUGUAUGGUUUCCAAUGGUAAUAGAUCUGCCCCAGGCCGUAUCGAAAGUGGUUUGUGGUGCUGGUUUUACGAUGGCAUUCACGUAA